AUGUGGCUGCGGCCACAACCGCCUCGACCGACGGGCAAAAACCAGGUAAGGGUAUCCGUGUGUGCAUCUCCGCACACGGUAACUCGGCUCCGCUCCUACCAUCGACGGCCGGAUGGAACACCGCUUCGGCUUCUCUGGGAUGAUGCUCCGUGUGUAACCUCGCAGGAGACCACAAGCACUCAGCAAGCUACUGACCCAAUGGCUGGGAGACCGCCCCCUCACUUCUCUUUCGCACCUAUUCUUCGCCUCUCCCCUCUGCCCCCCACUCUGCCCUCCACUCCACCCUACUCUCUUACCCCAUGGUCAAAUAUUCCACAAAUCACCGCAUCACCACCUCCAAAACAAAGCUUCGCCAGCAACGCUACUGAGGGUCAAAAGGUAAGUGGCCCCGCAGGUGAGUCGAAUAUUUCUCGAAUGUCUUUGUUUUUUGCUUGCUUGCCUUUGUCUGCUUGUCUGUGCUGGUCCUUCUUGUAAGCCACAUACAGUUUUGUUGAAUACCGUCCUGUUACAUUUUUCUGCUCACCAUUUGCAUCCCAGCAACCAGUUAGCUUAGAAAGGGACGGGAAACUCUGCUUCUCGUUCCUCUACUCUUCCCUUAUCCCCCCCUUCAAAAUGUCCUGCGGCCAGAGCGACAGCGGUCACGUAGGCGGCCCAGUAUAACUCUACUCGUUCUCCCACAAAGCAAAGUCGUGGCCCAUAGUGGAGUCCGGCAGCUGUCUGGAAAGUCUGAGAAGUUCUAUUCAGGGAAAGCACUGCUCACCACCGCGAGGGAAGGAGCUAGAAAAAGUACACUAAACAAGUGCUGUGUUCACAACCUCUGCGCUCCGACCAUGGCUCACAGACGCAAAACAUGUGGUCGAAACAAUCACACAAGAAACAACACACCCUCUCUUCCCCUCCUCCUACCCUCCGCCCUACUCCACAGGUAACUAGGGUGAGUCCGCUUACUCUGGCAGCCUGGGAUGUUCGUUCCCUUUUAGACUAUCAGAAAACCAACCAACUGGGACGGAGGACGGCGCUAGUAGCUCAGUAACUGGCGUGCUACAAGGAGGACAUCGUCGCACUCAGCGAGACCCGUUUCCCCGAACAAGACCAAGAGAGGAGGUUGGUGCUGGCUGCACCUUCUUUUUCGUGGCCGCCCUGUCGUAGUCUUCACGGUAUGACCUCUUUCGACUGAAUGCGAUUCAUUGGUCUGUCAGACGACCGGAGUUCUCGUCUGCUGGAGGAAGUGCGUCCUUCAAUCAAUGAAUAAACCACCAAGCCGCAGACAACGAGACCCGGUUCUCCGAACAAGACCAACAAGAGGAAGUGGGUGCUGGCUACAUCUUCUUGGGGAACGGCCUACCCAAGGCAGAUCGACGGGACGCGGGUGUCGACUUUGUCCUUCGAAACGACAUUGUGGGACGACUGUCUUGUCUGCCUCAGGACAUCAAUGAUCGCUUUAUGAGCCUCCGCCUGCCUCUCUGGGUAGGCAGCGUCUACGCUCCGUUGAUGACCAGCCCUGACGUUGCAAGGAACAAAUUAUACGAGGACCUGCACACCCUCCUGGCGUCUGCUGAAGGCGGAUAAUUUGAUCGCCUUUGGUGACUUCAGCGCCUGCGUCGGCAUAGACCAUGCUGCCUGGAGUGGAGUGCUGGGUCGUAAUGAUCUCUACGUCUCAAAUGACAAUGACCUACUCCUGCUACGAACCUGCGCUAACCACCGCCUCAUCCUGACCAACACCUUCUUCCACCUUCCGACGCGGGAGAAGGAUACCUGGAUGCAACCUCGGUCGCGACUCUGGCACCUGCUGAACCGUGUCCUCGUCCGGAGGCCAGACUAG